AUGACGAUGAAACCUUCACGCGGUACUGUCUGGCAUAAGUUACACAAGAACAUUAUCACUAUAAUCGUGAUAAGCAUGACAAUUUUAAUCGCCAGCGGCUUACAAAUUUCCUCAAAAACCACUGAACAAGCAAUCUACAAAAGAGCAUACAGUUACUUGCUUGUUAAUCUCCAAAAGACAGUAGCCUGCUUCGACGAAGUUGCUACGAAGUUUUUCAACAAGUUUAAAACUGCCUCUGCAACUGAGUGCGUUAUUAAAUGCCGAAUAGCUGCCAGCAACAAUUUAAGGGGAGUCAACUUUAUAAAAUCAGCAAAGUCAUGUUCUUGUGUUCCCACAAUUCCAGAUACAUGGUAUAAUGUCACGUUCGAUUCAACUAGAGACUGUAUGUCUUUUGUCACACAUGAUUGCCCGAAGAAUUUCGACUACGUUAUGGAAAACCACGUCUGUUUCAAUCUGCAAAGAAGUAGAAAUGUAUUUUUGAAGUCAAGAGAGGCCUGCAACAAUCUUUCGUCAUCUCAUCAGGUUGUCAUUGAAAGUUCGAACAAAAAUUUGGCCAUCAGACUGUAUGCAGUGUCCCGCGAAAUUAGUCAGUUGAGGAUUUUUUUAUAUUAA